AUGGACAUUUAUAACUUUAGACCUAGUCAUCUUUUAGAUUAUGAGUUGGAUUAUGAAUUGUUUAUUCGUCAGUCUGCUACUACUCGUCCUGUUGCAGACAAACGUAAAAUUUUAAGUCGAUUAUUAGCUAGUGAAAAAUCUAAACCUGGUAAUAAUAUACAGUUAGCAAAUAUAGAAUUAGAUUUUAACAAAGAACAAGAAGCUAUUGAGAAAAGUUUAAAUUCAGUUAAUUUAAUUGUCGAAGACUUUGAAGGUACAGAAAGUGACAGUACAUUUCUUAGAGUAAAGUCGCGUUUGAGUCAUAUUGCAGGUAGAGUUCAGCGAAUUAUAUUAUUUUCUUUAGACCCUAAAUUAUUACCAUUGGUUAAGACUUAUAUUAGUGAGACUAAUGCUACUUGUUUGAAAUUAGAAGGCGACCUUUAUGACAAAAUUCCAUCUACGUCAAAUACUAAUGAAUCUUUUGUUUCAAAUCCAGUUAUAAACAUUCCAACCCCUAUUGUAAGUUGUUCAUCGCGUAGUCAACCUGUUAGUGAAUGGCAAAUUAAAUUUGAUGGUACCGGUAAUAGUUUAUAUCCAUUUUUAGAAAGAUUAACUGAACUUGCCUCAGCUAGAAAUGUCUCAACUAGUGAACUUUUUAAUUCUGCAGCUGAAUUUUUUGUUAAUGAUGCUUUUGUUUGGUACAGAAGUAUAAAGAAGUCUGUUAAUAACUGGGAAGAUUUAGUAGCUAGACUAAAGCGUGAUGAUAUUGACGAAGAGAUUUGGGAGCAGAUCAAAAUGAGGAAACAGCGGAAAAAUGAGUCAACGGUAGUUUUCAUUGCUCAUCUGGAAGCCUUUUUGCGAGACUUUCGCGAACACCUUUCGAAACUUCUAAAAUUAAACAAAUUAAAAGGAAUCUUCUUCCAGAAUUUGUUAGCAGAUUUAUGUAGACGUCUUGAGGAGGCUGAUUAUCUUACUAAGAAGGACAAAAGACCGAAAGAAUGUAUUUCUAGUUUAGACGAGCCAUCUCCAUCUUGUUCUAAAAACAAUCACCUUCAAGAUAAGUCACCUGUUUUUAAGAAGUUUUUUAAUAAUAAAGAUUGGUCAGCUUGGCUGAAUAAAGUUCAUAAUUUUAUGGUUACUUCUUUAGUGAAGAAUAGAGUUUGCAAAAGUAAGGUUUCGAAUAAAGGUUGUAUUCCAGAAAGUAGUGAUGGAAAUGAAGUUUCUCCUUUGUUCGUAAAUAAGUCACUUGAUAAUAGACCAUAUAUUUCUGUGAAGUUGUACGAUGUAAGUGGUUUAACCGUUUUAUUAGAUUCAGGAGCUACUGCUUCUGUAGUUGGUUCAAAGGGUUUGGACAUUUUAAAUAAUUUGAAUUUAAAGAUUUACCCAGCAAAUACCAAUUAUAUAUGCACAGCUGAUUUAAAACAACAGGUUGUCAGCGGAAUUGUAGAUUUGCCUGUAGCAAUUGACAACUGUUGUCAUGUUAUCAAAGCUUUUGUAGUUCCAUCUUUACCACAAACUUUUAUAUUUGGUUGUGAUUUUGCAAAAACUUUUAAUAUAGUAGUUAAUUUUAAGAAUGAUUCUUGGCAUGUACAGAGAGAGCAUGAGAACUCUAACCUUUGUGUAACUGAUAUGCCUAGUUCAAAUGAUUUGUUUCCUUUAUUAAACUCAUUAGAUGAUCUUUCUAUUGAACAGCGAAUUCGAGCUGAAAAUAUUAUUGCUUCUUUUGAUGAGAUUAGUAGUCAAGAUAAGUUAGGGCGUACUGAUAAAAUUACUUUAAACAUCGAUACUGGUGACGCCCCACCUUUCAAACGUAGAUCUUUUUCUAUGUCUUCUUAUAUGGCUAAAAUUUUAAAUAACGAAUUAGACGAAAUGUUAAAGUUAGGUGUGAAAGAACCGUCCAAAGAACCGUCCAAACAUGAUUGCUAUCCUUUGCCUAACGUUGAAAGAAUUUUAACUUCAUUAAGAAAUUCUAAAUUUAUCUCUUCUAUUGAUUUACGUAAAGCUUUUUGGCAAAUUCCUCUUGAUGAACGUUCAAAAGAAAAGACUGCUUUUGCUGUAGUAGGUCGAGGGCUUUUUCAGUUCAUAACAAUGCCAUUCGGUCUUCGCAAUGCUGCGCAGACUCAGCAGUGUUUAGUAGAUGCUAUUUUCGGUCCUAAGUUUGAGCCCCAUAUAUUCACUUAUCUAGAUGAUAUCUUAGUUAUAAGUGAAGAUUUUGAUCAUCAUAUAAAACUCCUCACUGAAGUGAGAGAAAAACUUCGUGAAGCAGGACUUACUAUAAAUUUGAAGAAGUGUGAUUUUUUUAAAACCACUUUAAAAUUUUUAGGAUAUGUUGUUGGCUCAAAUUCACUUAGAACAGACCCAGAUAAAGUAUCAGCUAUGGCAAACUAUCCACGACCUCGAACUACUACUGAGAUUAAAAGAUUCGUUGGACUCUGCUCAUGGUAUCGUCGCUUUAUUAAAGACUUUUCAACUUUGAUGUCUCCUAUUAACAAUCUUCUUAAAGGAAGUAAGAAAGGACAAUCCAUAGAGUGGAAUACCAAGGCAGAAAAUUCAUUUUUGCAUAUUAAAGAUCUUCUAUUGUCAGCUCCGAUUUUGUCACAACCUAAUUUUUCAGAGAAAUUUUUUAUUGAGUCAGAUGCUUCAGACACCGGUUUGGGUGGAGUUUUGUUACAAAAGAUUGAUGGUGAGAAUAAGAUUAUAGCCUACGCCAGUCGCUCUUUAUCGCGAACUGAGCGUAAUUAUUCAACUGUUGAGAAAGAAUGCUUAGCAGUUCUUUUUAAUAUAGAGAAAUUUAGGUGCUACAUUGAAGGAGUUCCUUUUAGCGUUGUUACAGAUAACCACAGUUUAUUAUGGUUAAAUAAUUUAAGUAAUCCUUCUGGGAAAUUGGCUCGUUGGAGCGUGCGUUUAAGACAGCACACUUUUGACAUAAUUCAUAAGAAGGGAGUUUCCAAUGUCAUUGCUGACGCAAUGUCACGUAUUCCUGGCAGUGAGGAUGUUCAAGAACACACUCCUGAUAUUUCUGAAGAAAGGGUAAUUUGUAUGAUUGAUGUAGAUCGCAUAGAUCCUUGGUAUGAUAAAAUGAGACAGAAAAUCAUUGACUCACCAGAGAAUUUUCCACAGUGGAAAGUCGAGAAUGAUUUUGUUUAUAAAUUUGCCCCCAACUGUCUUCCUAUGAAUCAAAACCUUCCAGAAUGGAAAUUCCUUGUUCCAAAGCCACAGCGACAUGAAGUUAUAGAUUCUUGUCAUAGCCCGCCUACAAGUGGUCAUUUUGGUUUCUUUAAAACUUUGAAUAGAGUUCAAGAAUUGCACUAUUGGCCGAAAAUGAGAGAGGAUAUUUUAAGAUUUGUUAGAAACUGCGAGGUUUGUGGUGCUCAAAAAGCUCCUAACACUGCUAGAAUGGGACUUAUGGGUAAAGAGAAAGUUGUUGAUUUACCAUUUCAAGUGAUAGCUAUAGAUCUUAUAGGACCUCUACCUAGGUCAAAGAAAGUCUAUAAUCUUGAAGAUCUUGAUGGUUCUAAAGCUGGUAAUUGGCAUAUUAAAGAUUUGAAGCCUUUCAACCACAUAGAAGAUGAUCAAAGAUCUUUAUCGAGUGAAGAUUAA